AUGUGGGUCCCACCUCCCGGCCACCGUCCCAGUUCUGGGGACCCUGCUGCUGGCUCCCACCCCGCUGGGCUCCCCCUCCACCGACAUCAGUCUUCCAAGGAAGCCGUCCCCCUGCGACCCCGCCCCUUCCCCAAAGCCGGUCCACUAUCCUAUGACCCCACCAACGCGACCCCACCUGUCUCCCGAGAUCCCGCCUCCCUCGCCACCCCCACACCCGACCUCACCCUGCCUCCCAAGACCCAAGCACCCCCAAUCCUGCCAUCGCCUACGACCCAGCCCCUUCCACAAGAGCCGCCCACUAUCCUAAGAUCCUGCCCAGUCUCCCGAGAUCCCGCCCCACCAGCCUGUCCCCUCCCCCACCCCACCCCGACCUCGCCCGGCCCCCACGACCCUGCCCCCCACGACCUCGCCCCCCACGACCUCGCCUGGCUCCCACGGCCCUGCCCCCCACGACCUCGCCCCUUCUCCCCCACGGCCCUGCCCCCCACGGCCCUGCCCCCCACGACCCUGCCCCCCACGACCUCGCCCGGUCUCCCACGACCCUGCCCGUCCGCGCGAGAAAACAGGAAGCUGCGCGCAGCGGCGGCGCUGGAGCAAGUGCAGGAAGCUGCGCUUAUCUCGCGCCGCAGCCCUGACCCCUGGCCCCGCGCCGGGCAGAGGGCGCCAGAGGCGGCCCAAGGACAGGGCCUGCUCACCUGGCCCCGAGUCCUCACUACCUCUCCCGCGAACCCCCCUCCCCUCCCCGCCGGGUACAUCAGGCUAGAGACCCUUCAACAGAAGUCCCCACAACACACCAGUGGUGACCCAGGAGCCAGGACCUCAGGGCGUUCCUCCUCCCCCUCAACAGGCACUGUGCACCCACCGCCAAGGGCCUGA